AUAAGGCGUAAAGCCUACAAGCAACGUCCUUGACCCAAAAGACAAACGUAUAUCUGAUGGAUUUCGGUCUUUAUUAUUCAACGCUACAUAUAUAUAUAUAUAUAUACGCAGAAUGCAUAGUGCAGAGAUCCUAGUGGUGGAUAUAUGUAGACGUAUCUAAAGGGAUUGCUGUACAGCAGCUACCACCAUCCAGCUUCUUCCCCCGCCCGUCUCAGCCCAGGAGACCAUCCGCCCAGUGUCCUCGCCCGCUGUAGCUAGCUAGUUGUAGCUCCUACUAUUAGGCGUGAACAUGGCGCAGGCAUUAUCCGAAGAGGAGUUUCACCGAAUGCAGGCUCAGCUGUUGGAACUCAGAACACAGAACUACCAGCUGUCUGACGACCUGCGCAAGAACAUUGCAGAGCUAACUGCCGUUCGUCAGAAGACUGUGAACCUGGAGAAGGACUACAUCAAAGCCCAGAAGGCUUUAAAUAAGAGCAAAAAAGCUCAGGAAGUGGAUGCUUUGCUCAGUGAGAAUGAGAUGCUGCAGGGGAAACUGCACAGCCAGGAGGACGACUUCAGACUGCAGAACAGCACCCUGAUGCAGGAGCUGUCCAAGCUGUGUUCCCAGAUCGAACAGCUGGAGCAGGAGAACCAGUGUCUGAAGGAGGGGAAGACUCCUCCCCCUGCUGCCUCCAGCCCCGCCUCUCCACCUGUAGAUGCAGAGUUGCUCCGCUUGCAAGCCGAAAAUGCCGCCCUCCAGAAGAAGAUGGCAGCCCUUCAACAGCACAUGGAGAGGCGGGCUCAGAUCAAUGACACCACAGAGACAGACAGUGGCGACAGCAACGGUGUCCAGUGUCAAUCUGACGUCAGCGGAAAAGGGGAGGAGUCUUCCACAGGAACCAAUGACAGAGUGGAACAGGCAGAAUCAAAGUGUGUCAAGCUGGAGCAAAGAGUAAACGAACUAAGCGGAGCGGCGGUGUCAGUGAGGAGCUGUGGUGUAGUAAAGCAGGGUGCUAUUGGCUGGUCUGCUGCGCUGUGUCCAAUAACACAAUGCUUUGGACCAGAGGUGGAGCUGCAGCUGAACACUGAGGUGGAGGAGAAGAGACUGCUGAGGGAGCAGCUAACAGCACUUGAGUCAUCCAAACAAACAGAGAUAACAAAGCUACUGGAAGAGAUAACCAAGCUAUCUGACAAACUGAAGAAGAAGCAGGAGAGCUUCAUGCGCCUGCAGGGGGAAAAGGAGGCCCUGUACAAUGACAGCAGGACUAAGAUCGACGAGCUCCAGCAGAAAAGGGAGGAGGAGAGCAAAUCCAUGAACCUCCGCAUCCACAGGCUUCAGGCAGACCUGGUGGCAGCCAGUCAGACCACUGCUGAACUAAGGGAACAGCUACAAAGUCGUCAAAAGGAGCAUGAGCUGGCACUGCACUCCCUCAAAGACCAGGUAGCGUGUCAGAGCGCCGUCAGUCAGGAGCAGGUGGAGAGCAUCCUGACGGAGAAUGAUGCUCUCCGGACUAACCUGGCUGCUCUAGAACAGAUCCAGACAGUGAAGACCCAGGAGCUGAACCUGCUCAGGGACCAGAAUGCUGCUCUGGAAGCAGAGGUCCUGCAGGGACGGGCUGAGAGAGACGACCUUAACUCACAGCUACAGGAGUCCAGCUUUGCCAACAGCAAACUUCUAGAGCAGCUGACUGAGGAGGGGCAGAACAAAGACAGGCUACAGCGCGAGCUAGAGGACGCCAAAAAGACGGCGGAGAAGCGCAAGGCGAUGCUGGACGAGCUGGCCAUGGAGCUGAACCAGGAGAAGCACCGGCACAAGGAGGAGCUGAGCGACGUGCGGCUCCAGCAGGAGAAGGAGGUGCUCGGGGUGCGGGCGCGCUACGAGAAGGAGCUGCGGGGGCUCCACGAGGAGAAGAACCGCACCGAGGAGGAGAUCCGGGGGCAGCUCCGGGAGGAGAAGGCUCGCUGCAGGGAACUGGAGGGCCUCCAGCAGAGUGUGGAGGAGCUGCAGGCCCAGGUCCAGGCCAUGGAGGGGACCAAGGGCUGGUUUGAGCGCAGGCUGAAGGAGGCCGAGGAGAACAUGGAAAAGAACACACUAGAACACCAGGAGAACAUUGAGAAGCUGCAGAAAGACCAUGCUGUCCAGCUGGAGGAGAAGGAGGCCCACACAGACCAGGUGAGACAGCAGCUGACGGGCGUGGAGAAGGAGCGCGACGAGCACGACCACACCAUCGGGAAGCUGAAACAGGAGAUCAAAGACACUGUGGAUGGCCAGAGGAUCCUGGAGAAGAAGGGUAGUUCAGCACUGAAGGACCUAAAGAGACAGCUCCAGCUGGAGAGGAAGAGAGCUGAUAAACUGCAGGAGCGUCUUCAGGAGAUCCUCACCAACACCAAGACCAGGACAGGCCUGGAGGAGCUGGUGCUGUCAGAGAUCAGCUCUCCCAGUCGGACCCAGCAGACAGGAGACAGCAGCAGUGUGUCGUCCUUCAGCUACAGGGAGAUGAUGAAGGAGGGGGCUGCACCUCAGACCUCCAACAAGUCGAACACAGGCAGCCCCCAGUCCCAGCGGCCGGCAGACCUCUCGGAUGACGAGGUCAGUGAGCUGUUCCAGAGACUGGCCGAGGUUCAGCAGGAGAAGUGGAUGCUGGAGGAGAAGGUGAAGCACCUGGAGGUGAGCUGUUCCUCCAUGGCCGAUGACAUCUGUAAGAAGAGUGCCAUCAUCGAGACAUACGUCAUGGACAGCAGGAUAGAGGGGGCUGGGGGGCCCGCGAGCCAUGGGGGCCAUGGGAGCCACGGGGGUCACGGUCACGGGGGGCCCCUGGUGGAGCGAGGGGGCCUGGGCUCUGUGCUCAGGGACCUGGUCAAGCCUGGGGACGAGAACCUGAGGGAGAUGAACAAGAAGCUGCAGAACAUGUUGGAGGAACAGCUGACCAAGAACAUGCACCUACAGAAGGACCUGGAGGUCCUGUCUCAGGAGAUCGUACGCCUCAGCAAAGAGACCAGUCCUGGGGCAGCUGCUCAGGCCUCGGGCUAAGUCUGACUCCUGCACACCUGGCCCUCUCUCCCCUGCGCCCUGGGCUGGGUGUAAACACUGGACCAUGUCACCACCUCCCUCCAGCGUCUGAUUGUCAUCUCACCUGGCUCAACCUGUCUGUCUUCGGCCGGGCGCCUCCUUUCCCCCCCCUACCCCCUCCUCCCUCUCUCUGGCUGGCAGCAUGAGAGGGCUGCGUGGAUGGAGGGAUGGAUGAGAACUCUGUAGAGGACGGGGAGAGGGACGGAUGAGGAGGAUGGAGGAGAAGACGGGGUUAAUGUUUGCUACUGCUUUACUACUGAAUGUACUUUAAACACUGUCUUCUGGUUCUCUCUGCGACUUAUAUCUAAUUGGCCCCAUCUGUGGUCUAGACCCGUCCAACUCUGCCUCCGAUUGGCUGCUAUGCCUACGGCUCUGUUCACCUCUGGACAGACGGAAGCUUGGUUAGAAAGCAGCCUUCCCAGGAGAAGAGGAGAGGAAGGGAGAGUAGGAAGACAUGACCUCCUGCAGUAAACCAGAGAACCUCCUCAGACAGAGGCUUGUGUGCAGUCUGUGGUUGGGUUUGCCUGUGCUUGUGUUAUAAUAUUUCACUUCUUGACGGCAACUUGUUUGUUCGGUUUGUAUUAAUCUUGUAUGUGUGUGUGUGUGUGUAUAUAUAUAUAUAUUAUAUAUAAAAAUGAAUCAGCUGUAGCUAUUUAUACGUUCCUGAAUGAUUGAAAUACAGUGAAAUGAUCGGAGGUCUAUUGUAAAGAACUAAAGUGUGUCUGUCUCAUGCAGGGUCAGCUGGGUGUGUUUGGGAGGAGAGAACACAUAACCUUUCCCCUCCUCUCCUUCUCUUUCUCUCGCUUACUUGGUAGGUCUCUGCUGGUCUCUCUCAGUCUCUCUCUCUCACAUUAGUGUAAAUCUUGUGGCCAGCCCCUGCUGAAUGCCCUGGUAGACCCCUUGUGUCUCUAAUGUGUGACGUCAUCUCCAUCUCUACAGACCAGCAGUCGUCUACGGUUCUGUUCUACUUUUCUCUCCCUCUUCUCAGUAUGCUCUCCCAUUUUAUUCUCCUUUCACCGUCUCUCUAGCUCUCUCUUCCUUCUUUUACGCCACUGAAUAGGAUCCAUAGCAGUAGCGUUACGAGACCUCAGCACAUUCAGAUGGCACCUGAACCCCUCACAGGAACAUGCUGGCAUCUUACUUUGCCUGAUUUUAAGGACCAAUCACCUCUAUGGUUACAAAUCGAUUUACCUGUAUCUGGGAAGAGGAGGAUGAUGAUGUUUGCGGCAACUGAGUUUGCCAGAUGUUGAUUAUGUAAUUUUUAUGUUAAAAAAAAACCAAUAACUGUCUUUUUUUCUGAUUAAGAAUGUUUGCAUUCCAUACCUCAGAUACUCUGGACCUGGUUAAAAACACAUUGUGAACACCAUCAUAUACUGUUAAUCUAUUUAAUCUAGUAUUUGAUCUAGGAACUUGAACCAGAGUAUCUCAUAUUUAAACUGUCCGUGUCUUUAUUGUCGCUUGCUUCUAAUCUAAACCUAAUCUGCGUCUAAGAAUCCCUCUCAGUAGAUAAUGCUCAUUGACAUAUCUCUUAAUCUGUGGCUAGGUUUAAUCUGGUCUGUGAAAACAGCUGCAUGGCACAUAUCUACCUGGGUGAACAGGUCUUCUGUAUAUCCCAUUCCUGUCCUAUGAUUAUUUCUCAACAUAAUUUAACAUUAUUACACCUUUUAUCUCAAGAUGGAAUAUUAUAUGAUGAUUAAAAUACUUCUAAACCAA